CGCGCGAAAUGUUUUGUUAGUUGUCGUAGCUUUCCUAGAACAGAUUUUCAGAUAUUCUACGCUAUAAUACCGAUUGUCGUAUACAUGCUCAUUCCAAAUUAUCGACGUCGAAUUAACUAGUCAUUAUGAUGGACGUUCUCGACGUGGACAUUGAUCAACACUUGCGUGAAUGGCAGCGAGAUUAUUUAGACUUCUUGGAUGACGAUGAAGAUCAAGGUAUUUACCAACAAAAGGUGCGUAAUAUGAUCGCAAACGGGGAGUUUCGCCUAAUUGUCAACAUCAACGAAAUGCGACGCAAGAAACCCAGGCGUGCCAAGGGCAUUUUAGACAAUUCUUUUGAAGAACUUAUUGCAUUUGGACGAGCUCUAAAAGAAUUUGUUGAGGCAGCUGACACUACGUAUAGCAAGAUGCAUGAGGAUUUCUUCAUUGGUUUUGAAGGAAGGGAUGAAGAUAACAACCCUCUGGAGACAGAAUAUGGACUGUGCAUGUACAAAGAUCAUCAGACGCUAACUAUCCAGGAAAUGCCAGAGAAAGCUCCCGCUGGGCAACUUCCCCGGUCUGUCGACAUCGUUCUCGACAAUGACCUUGUAGAUAAAGUCAAGCCAGGAGAUAGAGUACAGGUUGUGGGAACUUACCGGUGUUUACCUGGCAAGCAAGGUGGCUACACCAGUGGCAGCUUCAGGACGAUUAUGAUUGCCAACAACAUACAGCAGCUGAGCAAAGAGAUAGCACCUAUUUUUUCAGCAGAAGAUAUCGGCAAGAUUAAAACGUUCAGCAAACAGAAAGAGGAUGUGUUUGAGAUUUUGGGAAAGAGCCUUGCACCAACCAUACAUGGGCAUGAGUACAUUAAGAAAGCUAUUCUGUACAUGCUCCUUGGAGGUGUGGAGAAAGUUCUUCCGAAUGGUUCUCGUCUUAGAGGAGACAUUAAUAUUCUCCUCAUAGGUGAUCCUUCCGUUGCCAAAUCACAGUUACUCAGGUAUGUGCUACAUACUGCUCCGCGAGCAAUUGCAACUACUGGCCGUGGUUCGUCGGGGGUGGGUCUAACAGCUGCUGUCACUACAGAUCAGGAGACAGGUGAGAGAAGACUGGAAGCGGGUGCUAUGGUGUUGGCAGACCGAGGUGUUGUGUGCAUUGAUGAAUUUGACAAGAUGUCUGACAUUGAUCGUACGGCUAUUCAUGAAGUGAUGGAACAGGGCAGAGUGACAAUAGCAAAGGCAGGAAUACAUGCAUCACUGAAUGCUAGGUGCAGUGUUCUCGCUGCAGCUAAUCCAGUCUAUGGCAGAUAUGACCAGUAUAAAACUCCUAUGGAAAACAUUGGACUGCAGGAUUCUCUUCUAUCAAGAUUUGACUGCUUGUUUAUUAUGCUGGACAUGAUGGACCCAGAGUCUGACAGGAAGAUCUCAGACCAUGUGUUGAGAAUUCACCGCUACAGGGGUGCAAAUGAACAAGACGGAGAUGUUCUGGAAAUGGGAGGUGUAGCAGACCUGCUUACCACACAGGACCUGGAUGCAGAGGGAGAGGAGGAUGAGGAUACACCGGUGUAUGAGAAGUAUGAUGCCAUGCUUCAUGGCAAAAGCAGAAGUAGGCGUGAUCGUAUCGUCACUAUGAAGUUUAUGCGCAAAUAUAUACACGUGGCAAAGACUAUAAAGCCAGUGCUAAGUAACGAAGCAUCUCACUGCAUUGCUGAAGAGUAUUCCAAGCUGAGAUCUCAGGAAAACUCGCAGUCUGACAUUGCACGGACGUCACCAGUAACGGCUCGUAGUCUGGAGACUCUUAUCCGUCUUGCAACAGCCCAUGCCAAGGCACGUCUGUCAAAGGUUAUAACUGAACAAGAUGCAGAGGCAGCAAUUGAGUUGGUGCAGUUUGCCUACUUUAAGAAGGUAAUGGAAAAGGCGAAGAAGCGGAGUAGAAACGGUGACAGCGACUCUGAAGAAGAGGCGCCAAAGGAAGGCAAGAGAAGGAGAAAACAUUCCCAGCCCAAAUCCCCAGGCCCACACAAGGAGAGGCGUCCAAGAAAGCAACCAGGCGAGGAAGGAUAUGAUCCUUAUGACUUUGACAGCGACAGCAGUGGUGGUGAUGAUACACAGGGGUUGCAACAAAUGACUGUGACUGGUACAACUGAUGCCCAGUCAACGGCCGAUGGCUCUGUUGCAAUGGAAACAGAGGAAUCUCAGCCGAAAGCAAAGGCACUCGACCAGAGCAGAUUGAAGCAGUUCAAAGCAUCGCUGCUGAAACUUUUCAGCACUGAACACGCUCAGUCCAUGCCACUCCCACAAAUCAUUGCGCAUCUAAAUCAGGAGCAUGCUGCACAGCAAUUUACAACUGAUGAUGUUGAUGCUGCCAUAGAAGCGAUGAGCGACGCAAAUCAGAUUAUGCUAGCAGAUGGCAUCGUCUUCCUUAUCUGAUCGAGUGCCCCUUGCAAUUAAAAUCAGCGAUGUAUCGAGGUCAAAAUCUAGUUGCUGUUUGCCCAAUGCUGGUUUCAAUUGCCAGUCGAUUGGCUAUGUAUCAGGAUGUGUUAAGAUGGUGAUGAAAUGUGCAUCAUUCACUGAAUAUAUUUGAUUCUAAAAUCAUCUCUUUAUAGGGUGUUAAAUGAUGAAACUGUAUUCCAUCGUAGUAGCCUUAUUCAUCUGGUGUUUUAUGAGACAAUGCUAGAAACAAGAACUCCCCUUCACUGCCCUAUCAUUAAUUUAAACUGCUUUUAUAGUAAUCAGUUGGCAUAUUUUCCUCUAUGAUCGAGGCGAGUAAAAAUUGGUCAGUUAUCUAAUUUCUAGUUUCAAAUCAAUGCUAUUGCUCAUAGGAUGCAUGAUACUGUUAGAAAAUAAUUCACUAAGUCAAUUAGUACACUACAUUUCGUUAAGGUUGUUUAUAUCUGUAUUAUGUAUGUAUGCACGAAUAGUAUUAUCAUGUUAAUCAUGAUUAAUAGUUGAUACAUUGCUAAACCAGUAAGGGAUGACAGCAGUACUGUUGUUUUAUGAUAUAAACUGUUAGUUAGUUGUCUCACAGUAUGUAUUAUCAGAAUCUGAUUGAGAACAUCUUUCCUAAGAAUAGAGAGUAUGGUUUCCAUUAACAGGACAAAA